CACGUAGCGGUUUGAUUGUCUCACACUACUAGAGCCAUAUGUGGAAAGAGGCGCUUGUCAGUCUCCCUCGUCUGGGUCCCCACUGCGAAAAUGGGCAAGGGAGGAGGUCCCUAUGGCCCCGGUAGCUCGCAUUUUCCCUGGGCUAAACACGUCAUCAGCUCCAUGGUAUCAAAUGACUUGUACUUAUCAUGUGCAAGUACUUCACUCACCACCACUUCACCACCUCCACCACCUCCACUUCCACCAUUAUUACUAGCUAAAUCGUACUAACCUGGGCGAUUAAUACUCAUACAACCUGUUUCAGGUUUUAUCCUCUUCCACACCAUCCAUAAUCCGCUGGCUAUAGUUUUCUCUGGAUUGUGGUCAUCCUAACCUACCUUUUUCGAACAAUCGGUAUGAGCGAGGAUAACGAUGAGUUCGUUUUGCCGGGAUUAGACGCAGUAGCUAUCCAGCCAAGCCCGAUUCAAAGCCAACAGACCCUUUCUACCCCUCUUCUCCAAUGUUGUGAAUUACUUGUUCGCAACCUUCCCGCUGUUUCUCCGGAGUCCGCCGAGGCCCACCUUAGGAAAGUAGUGGCUGAUCUGCAAACACAAUACGCCAAGGUUGCGGUCUCUCGUUCGUCUACCAGAGGAAAACCUGUUGAUUACGCCUAUUUGCGUCUUGAUGCCUCUGUGCCAGAAUCAGUCAAGCAGGCUCGUUCAUUGAAGAAAUGGAUUAAGCCGCUUGAAGAGAUGGGUUUCCCGGUCGUAUGGAGUCCUAUGUUUGGUUUGGAUAAUCGCAGGGUCAUCACACUUAAGCAUGAUUCCGAUUAUGGUAACCCAAAGGAGUGGGAGGACCGGGUUAUGCAUGCAAUCAGAGCGAUCGAUAUCGGAGUGUACUAUGUAAGCCUCCACGGUGCUUUUACCUCUGCGCUCCUACAUUCCGAAGCCGAUGUUGCUCUUUUGGUGGACACUGGCCUAACUGUUGGGAGGAAAACUUACAGAGUGAAGGCUAAAGCUUGUGUCCAGCCAUUCUGGCCAUAUGCUGGAGCGGUUGUCGGACUCGCCCGCCAUACUGAAAACUUUGCGCAACGACUGGCUGGCAUUGUGCAGGCUAGAUUUCCUAAUCAUUAUCUGGCAAGUACUUUGGAGCUGGGGAAUAACGUUUUAGUUUUCUACGGCUUCUUUGUUCCCCGGUCUACUGUCGCCACGGUGAAUGGCCCUGCCUACAAGAUGUCUAGGGCCUAUGACCAGCUUGCCGAGCAUCUUCUACAGGCCCUGAUUAUGGUUGCGAGUGCGUAUCAUGUUAUACUCUGCCUUGCGGAGCAGAUGGAACAAAUCCUGGACAUUGUGAAUACCUUGUCCGUGGUCGCCCACACACAAACACAUGCGAUCGCUGCAGUCAACACAGCGGUGGCUGCAAUGGUGUGUGCGGUUGGAGGUCAGAUGGAGAUUUCAGGGGUUCGUGAGGAGAUAAGUCUCCUAAUUCGUGAGCGGGAUUCUGCGGAAUCGGAUGUGGAGAAGGAAGCGUUGACCAACAAGAUCAUGAUCCUUCACAAGACGAUUCAAUCCAAUUCUGAUGCGUACAGCGCGAACCUCAAGGCAUUGGAGGACCUGCAGAUGGUCCUAAGCAUGGCCGUCGAUUCCACGGCUCCCCAAACUAUGUCCGCACAAGCCGAGGACACAGGGACCUCCUCUCAGGACCUGGAAGGUUUUGAAGUUGAUGGCCUCUCUGUUGGCAACAGAUACCGAGCCGAUACCUAAGCAACAUCGUAAGGUAAUGCUUUUG